AUGGCUUCCUCAGCAGAGAAGCAAACGUCGACCAGGCUCAACGCCCCGGCGCCGUCGGAGCUUGAGCGCGGCCUGUCAACCUCCAACUCAGAGGAGCUCAUCCUCGGCAAGGACGGGACCGUACUUAUCCCUCAGCCUUCUUCAAGCCCAGAUGAUCCCCUAAAUUGGAGCUGGACCAAGAAGCACAUUGUGCUCUGUGCCCUGAUCCCUGGUUGUCUUUUGUCCGAUUGGGCUUUGACCUGGGGCUCUGUCGUCUUCCAGUUGCAAGCCCCAGAAUGGCACAUGUCUGUGCAGGCGGUUUCUCAGUCUAUGAGCCCUGGAAUAUUCAUGCAAGGACCGGGUGGUAUUUUCGCGGUGCCCUUGUGUCAGCGCUACGGACGACUUCCGGUUCUGUUCUGGUCCCAGCUCCUGUCCCUCAUUGUUACCAUCGGGGCUACCUUCGCCGACAGCUAUGCUUCUUUCACGGCGAUGCGCACGCUGCAGGGCUUUUUUGGUGCUGCGCCUCAAGUUAUUGGCUUGUCCAUCAUUCACGAUAUGUUCUUCUUCCAUGAACGGGCUCGGAAGGUCAACAUCUGGGCUGCGUCAUUCCUGAUCGGGCCGUACUUGGGUCCCUUCUUCUCCAGCUUGCUCAUCUUAAAGCUGAACUGGCGCCAGGACUUUGGCGUCCUCGCCGGAUUCUACGGGCUGAGUCUGCUGAUGGUCGUGUUGCUCGGAGAUGAGACUCUUUACGAAAGAAACGCGUCGGAGAAGCCCAAGGACAGGUCGAUGCUCCGCCAUAUUUCUCUUCUCCUCGGCAUUGAAGGUGCACGCGUGAAAGGCCGUCCGGGCCUCUGGACUGUCACCAAGCACCAGUACUCGCUGCUUGCUCGGCCUUACCUGUUUGCUCCAACCGCCCUUUUCGUCAUGCCCCUCACCAUGUGGACGAUCGGCCUCGUGUCCACAAUCUCGCAAUUUGUGCUUCCACCAGUCCAAGCUGGCGGCUACGGCUUCUCGUAUGUCUCGCUGGCCAUGAUCCAUUUCGCCCCGAUGAUCGGCACCGUCGCGGCUGAGCUCUGGGGCCACUGGUUCAACGAUUUCAUCGCCACUCGCUACAUGAAGAGCCACGGCGGCACGCACUCGCCCGAGAACCGUCUGAACGGUGUCUACAUCCCCGUAAUCAUCGGCGUAGGCGGACUGGUCCUCUUUGGCGAAACACUGCAACACCACCUGAGCUGGGUCGGUCUUGCAUUCGGAUGGGGAAUGACCUGUUUCGCGACGCUGGGCGGCAUGACGGCCAUCUCGGCGUACGUGCUCGACUGCUUCCCGCACCACGCCGCGCUGGCCUCGGCCUGGAUCAACUUCUGGCGCGUCGUCGGCGGCUUCACCGUGCUCUACUUUCAGCUGGACUGGGUGCACCUCAACGGCCCCGCCGUCACCUUUGGCUGCCAGGCCGCCAUCAUCGCCGGCGCCACCAUCAUCGGCGUUAUCCCUACCCAGUUCUGGGGCAAGCUCUGGAGAGCCAAGUGGCCGGCACCCGUACCGGAGAAUUAG